GAUGGGUCUUGGGAAGACAGUGCAGGCCAUCGCGGUGGCGUACGCGUACAGGCAGGAGUGGCCCCUCCUGGUGGUGGUGCCCUCUUCCCUCAAAUACCCCUGGAUCGAGGAGCUGGAGCGGUGGAUCCCCGAGCUGCAGCCUGGAGACAUCAAUCUGGUGGAGAACAAGAGCCACACCAUGAGCAUCAGUACCAGUAAGGUGACAAUCCUGGGUUAUGGUCUUCUCACCACAGAUGCACGCCUCCUAGUGGAGGCUCUUUGCAGGCAAAAGUUUGCUGUGGUGGUGGUGGACGAAUCUCAUUAUCUCAAGUCCAGGAAUGCUGCGCGGACCAAGAUUCUCGUCCCGCUCAUUCAGAGCGCGAACCGGGCCAUCCUGCUCACUGGCACCCCUGCUCUGGGUCGACCUGAGGAGCUUUUCAUGCAGAUUGAUGCCCUCUAUCCCAAAAGGUUUGGGACCUGGACAGACUACGCCAAGAAAUACUGCAACGCCCAUUACAGGUAUUUUGGGACUCGCAGGCAGUGGGAUUGUCGUGGAGCGUCCAACCUGGAGGAGCUGCACCAGAGACUGAGUCAGAUUAUGAUCCGCCGACUCAAAGCUGAUGUUCUCAGUCAGCUGCCUCCGAAAAUCCGCCAGCGGAUCCCCUUUGACCUGCCCAAAGAGGCAGCAAAGGAGGCCUCUGCCAGUUUUGCAAAGUGGGAGGAGCUGAUGAAGGGACAGAGAUCGGGGGCUUUUGCUACAGAUAACCCCUUCACCGAGGUCAUGAGCCUGGUUACACAGAUGUACAAGCAAACCGCUAUUGCAAAGGCGGGAGCUGUGAAGGACUACAUUAAGAUGAUGCUGGAGGCGGAGCAGCUGAAGUUCCUGGUGUUCGCCCACCACCUCACCAUGCUGCAGGCCUGCACCGAAGCCGUCAUCGAGGCCAAGGCAGGUUACAUCAGAAUCGAUGGCAGUGUGCCAUCAUCUGAACGGAUUCAGCUGGUCCAUAAAUUUCAGAGCGACCCAGAAACCCGGGUGGCUGUUCUCAGCAUUCAAGCGGCUGGUCAGGGUUUGACCUUCACCGCUGCCAGCCAUGUGGUGUUUGCCGAGCUCUACUGGAACCCUGGACACAUCAAGCAGGCGGAGGAUCGCGCCCACCGCAUUGGGCAGACCUCCUCUGUCAAUGUCCACUACCUCAUCGCCAAAGGCACCUUUGACACGGUCAUGUGGGCCAUGCUCAACAGGAAGGAAACGGUUACUGGUAGCACCCUGAACGGCAGGAAGGAAUACCUGAAGGCUGACGAGGGUGACAAGGACAAGUGGGAGUUCCUCAGCUUUGCUGAUGCCUGGACGCCGAGUGAKAUGGUGCUAUCACCAGAGGGAAACACGGGAAAUGUGACAGAUGACAGCAUAUUCUUCACUCAUUUUGAGAAAGAGAAGCAGCACGACAUCCGCUCCUUCUUCUCCCCGAGCACCAGCAAGGCGAAGAAGAGAACGAGGACAGAAGAUGAGGAAACAUCUCUCUCCUCUGUUGAACCAGCUGGCAGAGGAGAGAAGUCCGAACCCAUAACGCCCGAGCAGGACUUCUCACCGCAGCCAAAAAGGCUACAGACGCCCAAGUCCAGCCGGAGCUCCAGGUCUGGACUGGGUGGGAAGCGGAGGUUGACGGCUGCAGGGACGGGUUCCAGCAGCCCCGCCUCCCUGGUCUCCUUUGUGACCUCCCAGAAGUGCUCAGAACCUGGUCCUGAGGCGACGUGGAACUGCGAGGCCUGCACCUACACAAACAGCAGCCUGCUGCCUUUCUGCGAGAUGUGCGAGUGCCCUCGCUGUUCUUCUGUGGUCAGAUCAGGGCCACCCAGGAUGCCUCAACACCCAGCCGCCGAGCAGGACCAGAGCAUCGUCCUCGGCGAGAGGAGCCGGCCUCUGAGGUCACGCAAAGACAAACACAGUAAGGAGGCGGAGGAGAGGGAGGAUGAGUCGCCAAAAGACAAACAGAAGCCAGGAGAAGCAGAGGAAGAAGACACGCUGUGGCUCAAAGGCAAACAAUCAGCAAAGGAGAGAGGCGACAUGGUGGAAGGCCGUGGCAGCUGCCUCCCCCCUGACCACACACAGGACGGCGGAGCUGAGAAGUGUUUGUCUUCGGCUUCUGAUGCUAAUGGUGAUGAUGAGGGCAACGGUGGAGAUGACGCCAGCACCGCCCAGCUCGUCUACCCAGGCCUGCAGUUUUGUGCCAGCCAGUACACAGACCGAAUCUAUUUGUACUCCAAGGACGGAGCUGCAGUGAACUUGAGCUUCAUCCCUCUGGACAUCAAACUAACCAACUGGGACGAUCUACCCGAGGCCUUCAGCCGACACCGGGAAAAUCRAAAACAGGUGCUGAGAUUCGUUCAGGAGUGGAGCAGCCUGCCGGCCAUGAAGCAGAAGCUGCUUCGACGCAGUGGACUCCUCUUCCACAGUCCCAAUCUGGGCUUGCAUCAGCUGGCUGCAGCCCGACGCCCACAUUCAAGCACCAACAGGUACCUGAGUAGAGAUGAGGUGGCCCAGGCCUCCCUGAGCAAGGCCCAGGAGGAGGGGGGCAGCGUCCGAUUGGUUGCCAAACAGGCGUUCUUCACAGAGAGGGGGUCGGCCUCCUCGCUAACGUCCGCUGCAGAGAGGCUGGACCAGCAGUCCUGUAAGGCAGUGGCCAAGCAGCAGUCUUCAGAGCCCUGCUACCUACAAGCUGUGGACAGUCAGGGUGUCCCUCUAUGUCUGUCCUGCCAACAGGCCUGUCCCACCAUGGGCGGGGCGUGGGACACUCGUUUCUGCAGCCACGGAUGCGAAGAGGAGUUCCAGCUGCGCUCGAGUCAGACCUACAUGCGCUCUCGCGUCCUGGAGGCGGAGCAAGGCGUCUGUCAGCACUGCGGCCUCCACGCUCACGAACUGUUCCUGAAGGUCCGGGACGCCCCGCCCUCCCAGCGGAAGGAGAUGCUGGAGAACACUUGGCUCUCUCAGUUGUCACUAAAACAGCUGAACGAGAUGAUACGAGCUCCGGUGGAGGGAGACUUCUGGCAGGUGGACCACAUCCGGCCCGUCUACAGAGGAGGAGGACAGUGCUUGUUGGACAACCUGCAGACGCUCUGCACGGUCUGCCACAAAGGGCGGACGGCUCAGCAAGCCAAGGACCGCAGCCAGAUGAGGAAGAGCGCCUCAGCCUCCAAGGUUGCGUCAGACAUCAGCAGGUUCUUCAUCAGGAAAUGAAAGGACGCUGGUGGUUGAAGUAGGACAGGUUUCAGAUUGUUAAUUGGCCUGUUCUGGCCUCGCUUCCUGCUGGUCCUCAUUACAGCRCAGGAGAUUUACCUAAAAGUGGGGGGAAGGAAAUAAAAAGAUUAUAAUAAUGUGACAACUGCGUCAAAUGCAAAUUCAGCCAACCCCCCACCCCACCUCGUCCCCGAACCGUCACGGGUGCGUUAGGUUUGAUUUAUGACGGCCCCCUUUUUUAUUUUAUAUUUUUUCUUGCUCCAGGCUGAAGUAGAGCAUGUUGUUUAGAGAGGUGCUUCUAUUUUAAGAUUUUGCAAACUUUGUAAGAAAAAAAAAGAGCAGGUAAGAUGAAUUGGCUUUAAGAUGAAACUAUGCAGCAGAAAAACUCAACCAGGUGGCCUCGUUGGUAAUUUUUACAUUUUUCGAUGGAUUUGAAGCGAAUUAAACAAAUAUUUUCCUUAAA